CAGCGCUGUUGAAUCGUGCAGGUGUGGCAGCUCAGUUCUCCGUUUAUUUGUGUUUCUUUAGUAUCUUCCUGGGUGAAGGAGGUGGUGGCAGAUUCCAGGGGCAGAAGCACCUCCGGGCUGUGAGGAAGUUAAAGUGCUUGGAUUUAAAAUGAAGGAUGAAAUUGCUGCUACUGUCUUCUUCAUCACGAGGCUGAUAAAAAGAGAAGACAAGCUGAGCAAGCAUAAAAUAGAGAGAUUUGCAGCUAAGCUGACAACACUGCUGUUUGAAAAGUACAAGAACCAUUGGUACUUGGACAAUCCAUCCCGAGGACAGGCCUUCAGGUGCAUAAGGAUAAACAAGCAUCAGGCAAGAGAUCCGCUGCUGGAGCAAGCUUGUGUGGAGAGCAAUGUGGACUUCAACAAGCUUGGUUUGCCGAAAGAGAUGACGCUGUGGGUUGAUCCAUUUGAAGUGUGUUGCAGGUAUGGAGAGAAGAACCGGCCGUUCACAGUUGCUCACUUUGAAGGAGAGGAGAACCCAGAGCUUUCGCAGCAGAUCAACCAUGCUGUUGACAGAGCAGCUCUGGAUUAUCCUUCCGGCACCUCUUCGGAUGAGGAGAGCUUCAACAGGGAACCAAAGGCCAUCCCUACUGUCAGCAAUCCCAACAGCGUCUACCAGUUUGACUACUGCAAGACACCCAUACAGUCCUGGUCUCAGUAUCUUCAUAGGAAGACACACACGAGUGGCUCAUCCUAUGCCCAGCACAGGGCUUUCAAAGCCUUCAGGCCAGCUGUUGCUUUCCCAGGACCACGUGUUGACAGAUACCACUGGAUCAACACCAAGCGGUAG